AUAUUUCUGGUACACCUGUGGAAAAAAUAACUACUCUUAAGGAAAAUAACAUCUCAAGUUGCUGUUCACCUAAAGUAGAGAAUGACACUGCAUUACAUGUAUCAAGUGAAGAAGGCUUAAAGAAAACAUGUAGUUGCUCUCCAGCUUAUAACAGCAACAAAAAAGAAAAACAAAGCCCUUUUUAUCAAAAUCAUAAAGACACAAUCAUCGAAAACUCUGCUUCUUAUCAAAUUAUUACUCCUGAGCUACAUCCAUCUGAAAUAAAAUCGAACAUUCAAGAGUUUGUAAAUACGAAGGAUAAUGCUGAAUUUGGAAAGGCGAGUGAAUUUCAAUUUCCAGAGAAAGAAGAAGAAAGUAUCCAUGAACUGUUUGCAAAAUUAACUGAAUACAUUUACUCUAGAUACAGAUAAAAAUAAUAUGGCCAAAACAUCAAGAGAUCGCGUAGGCUUCUUUGAAGAAGCAAAAAACAGUGUAGUUGCUCAGCGUAAUUUAGGAAACUUCUUAAAAAUCAUAGAUUAUGGUUACACUACUGAUAAGGCAGUUGAAAAAAUUCAUGAGAAAUCAAAUCUGAAUGAUCCCAAAGAAAGCAAAAGGUCAUUUGAAUGUAGCGAUGAUAUUGUGGAAGAAAAUGUGAAAGAUUUUCCAUUGACUGCUAAUACUGAUAAGGGAAACUGUAAUACAUCCCUCUCCAUUGAAUUUAAUUAUGUUACUGAAGGUAAUAGUUCUGCAGAUAAUGGACAUGCAUCUUUGCAAGUAUCUACAUUUCAAAACCCAUGUGAAAGAUAUUAUUAUGAUACCUUAGAACCAGACUCUUUAGUAUUUAUGAAGAAAGCACAAAAUAAAAAGGAUCUCACCAAGUGUUUAAAUGAUUUUUUGUAAAGAAUUGAACUUUGGCGAUGAGGUUGCACCAUCACGAAUGAUUCAAGCUGAAUCUUUUGUCCUUGAAAAAAGUAUUUUAUCGCCUAAUUCUUGCAGCAGAUCAGUGUUAGAAUCUACUCCAUGUCUGAGAGUCACCGAAGGAGGUGUAUCACACAGUAAUAUUUGUGGUUUAUCAGAAGAGAAUAUAACUUUUCCAAAUGAAAAUCAAAUACCAAAUUAUUACUUUUCUGGAAUUAGGAAAAAUGUUGCAUAUAUACCAAUUGAAGAGAGUUUAAAAUCUACAUGCUCUCCAUCGAAUGAUAAGAUCAAUAAAAAUAUUAUUAGCUCUUUUCCUUUAAAACAAAAAGGCAAAAUUAAUGAAAAUUUGGACUCGUAUCUAUGUAAUGCUUCUGGACUGUGCACACCAGAAUUAAAAUUAAGCAUCCUACAGUUCGAAAAUACAAUAGAUAAAGCAGAAUUUGGAAAAGUGAAGGAAUUCCUUUUUCCAGAGAAAAAAGAAGAAAAUAUUCAUAAACUGUUCCCAAAAUUAACUUUCAAUGCCAUUUCCCCGGAAAUAGAGAGAAAUCAUAAAAUCACAUCUGCCAGUGAUCAGACAUACUUCUUUGAAAAAGAUGGGGAGAACGAUGUAGUUUUACCUAAUAAUUUAGAAACUGUAUUAAAAUAUGUGGGUAAUAGUCAUGUUGCUCAUAAAACAAAUGAAGAAACUGUUAAAAAUUCAAAAAUGAUCAAUCCUGAUAUUAAUAGACAUGAAAAGUCAUUUAUAAGUGAUAAGGAGUUUGUAAAAGAAAAUGCACAAGUUACUGUUUUGGAAGAAUAUCCAUUGAUUGGUACUGCUGUUAAGGAGAGUUAUAAUAAAUCUUCAGUUCUUGGCAAUGAAAAAAUUGUCUUGCUUUUUGAGAGAAACACAUUUAAUGAUGGAGAAGGCAACAGUCUUGCAGAUAAUGAGCAUAAAUCUUCACAUUCAUUUAAAAGUCCCUGUGAAAUGUCUUGUAACAUCUUUCAAACAAGUUCUUCAGCAUCUACAAAACAAUUACAAACUGAAAAUGAUCCUAUUGAUUUUUUUAAUCAGAUCCAUGAAGAACUGAGCUUAGAUGAUGAGGCUGCUGGAUUGCAAGUGAUUCAAGCUGAAUCUUUCAAUGUUGAAGAAAGUAUUUCAUCGCUUGAUGUCUCAAAUGAAUUAUUUUUAGAAUCUACUCCAAUUUUUACAUGAUUCACAGAAAAAAGUGUAUCUCCUAGUAAUAUUUAUGCUUUACCUGAAAGGAAAGGAGCUUUUUCAAAUGAUGUAAAUGCAAAGGAUUAUGAAGAGUUUGGAAAAGUAAAUGAAUCUGGUUUUUUACAGGAAAGAGAAGAAAAUAUGCAUG